CUCUACUGAUUGAAUUACUGGGCCACCAACACACAUUUCGUGACACCGUUUUGAAGUUCUAUCUCGAAUUUCAACGGUUACAAUAUAUCUAAGCAAUUGCUGGCGUCGUAGACUAACCAAUGUAAUGCCGUCACUGUCCCAUGUCGGGCGCCAAAUGUCAGAAAAAUAUGUCCGGCAGACUGAGAUUCGAACACAGGACCUCGGAAUAUCGUUCCGAUGCUAUACCAAUGAGCUACCCGGUCACCUACACACUUUCUUCCCGUUUUGAUAAAUAAGUUCUAUUCGGUGACAUUACCAAGGAUUUGAAGUACAGUUUUUACGACCGCCGUUACAUGACUGAAAUACUGUUGAAAAACGGCGUUAAACGCAAAACAAACAAAACAGUCUUUACGCAUUAAUUAAUUAUUUACCCUUUUUCAAUCGGUUUCAUUUCCAGUGCGCCGCUAUGCCAUUUAACACAAUGACGUAAUGAUUGUGUCGUCAGAACAGUGAGUUGUUGUUUAAUAAGAAAAUGAAUCGAAUCGUGUUAGAACUUCUGUUUAACUUUGUUUUGAUAGGGUUAGUUUUACGUUAUUCUUUAACGCAUUUUCUUGCUUACAGAGAAGGAAGCAUUAUUGCAAAUUAUUCCGUCCGUUAUGGCACUGCUGAUAAGCUUAUUGCAACACAAUUAGUAGAGGCAAUCGUUGAACUUGAAAAGGGUACUGAACUUACGUUUGAUGGACAGAGUGUCAACGCUUCAUCAGAUACUUAUAAGGGUAUGGAGCUAUGUGAGGUCUUAUAUUCGACUGUUGGAAGUUGUGGAGAAGGGUAUAUAUGUAAUGUGGAAAAUGGCAUUCCUGUUUGCAGCCUUCAGGAAGAACAGUCGGAAGUUAACGUGAAAUUGAUAAUUGGCUUAUCAGCUGCAGGCGUUUUAAGCCUAAUUGGAGCUGCGCUUUUAUUUGUAUUGAUACGCAGAAACCGAAGACGACUGAAAAAGAAACAGGAAACGAACUUUCCUAAUCCUAUCAAUAAAAGAGACGUUGACGAAGCAUCUGACUUUUACAGACGCUACAAAUGGCAAGAUGGAAUGGCUGUAGAUGCGGGAACAAGACUACCAACAACAAGGUAUAUGUUUCCAAGGUUUACUACAAAUAGAGAUGGAUUUGAUCACCCAUAUAUCAUGCCAGCGCGCCGGUAGGGUCUCCGGCCGAUGCACGUGGUGAUUUGUUGUAAAGAUAACGUUUUUGAAGAGUUUGCACUGCUAUUACAAGAUAACUUGUGAUUUGUGAUUGUUGUGAUUUAAUGCCCGUAAUGCAGUCAUGUCCCCUGCCAACAUCGUGUCAUGAAGGAAUGAAUUCUGCUUUUGUAUACCAUAUUUAUAUACUAUUAAUAUCAAUUGUUUCUAGUUAUAUAAAUAGCAUUGCAUAACUCAAUACAUUUGUUAGCCUGUGAAAUUUGAUAUGAAAUUUGUAUAAACCAAGAAUAUCUUCUUUACUUUUAAAUGCUAUAUUUAUUCAUGAGUAAUUGUUUUCCUAAUUAUUAAAAAAAAAAGAAUUUCUUCUUUAAAAGGAAAAAAUAUAAUAUACACUUCGUAUAUGCUGCAAAAAAGAAACUAGAAUGUGUACGUAGGGCACAGGAUGUGCCCCCGUUGGUAUAUCUGUCACAAAUGAGAGGCAAUAGUUCAAAUGUUUGCAGUCUUGAUGGGGAAUGGCCUUAAAAGUAUUUUAUACAAAGAGUGUGACAUUAUUUUAAUGUCAUUAACAUUUUUAGAAGUAUCAAUACUUGAGACACAUUUGCCUCGGAAAAAGCGCUACUAAUACAUAAAUGUGAUGACAGUGUAGUAAAACGUACAUUGUAUAGAAGUUGUUUUGAACAAUGUGUAAAUGAAUGCAAAGCAUACAUUUAUUCAAAAAUGGAAGUGCAAAAAAUGGAUUAGUAGUAAAAAUGCAAAAUAACAUUCUUUUUUUUAAAUGCAUAGUAGUAAUAUAUUCCUAGAUUUAUCAAUACUUAAUUAUUUGUAAUGGACAUGAGGGUUACAAAUUUCUGUAGCGUAGGUCACCUACAAAAAUACGGUUUAAAGAAUUUUCGACGCAACUGAAAAUAUCUGUCAAAUUCGUAGAACAGUUUCGGAAUUUUCUGUCUUCUCUUGGGACAUUUUCAUGCCUAUCCUUUUCUAUUUCCAAAUUAUAAGAUGACAAACGGAAUUUAUUUAGCGCUUUUCUAUAUUUAUUAAUAUUUAUAGUAUUUAGACAUUAAUUUUUCUUGUUCAAAUUCAUGUUUAAAUAAGCUAUAUGAUGACAACCUGCUUGAAUUAUUUAUGUUUGAGUACCAGCUUUGUUUGUAUUGUAUAUGUCAAGUAUUCUGUGUUUUAUAACUUGUAAGUUAACACAUGUCAUUCUUUUUUCAUUUAAUACGGAUUUUACCAUAUACGCCCAAUUUUUACCAGGUGUGAAAUGGCUGAUAACCGUACCUGGUGAACUACUAGUGUUUCUCUUUUCAACCUUGUUUUUGUCGUUUCCUCUGGCUUUAUGUUAAAUGUUGUUCCUGUGACAUGAAUACUUAACACUUUAGAUUCAGUUUAGUGUAAAAUUUAUCCAAGAAAAAUGUUUUAUUUCCGAAAAAAACACAAAAAAAAACACAAAAUAAUUCCGGAGAAAACUCGGACAUAACUUCAUACUAAGUUUACCGUUACCUAAUGUACUACAGUACAACUUCCUGGUAAAAGAUAGAUUUGAAAAUUCUUCCAUACUAUCAAUAACUAUGCUUAUCCAAACUCAUGUAUAUAACAUGUUCAUUAUUUAAAUACAAUUUAUUAGCUAUCCAGAGAGAAUUUACUUUUAUAUAUAUAUUGUUUGAAUUUUUGUACGUUUCGUUUGUAUUACGUUUUUGACUUUUUAUAGUGCAAAUACACGUUGCUUAUACUUUCAGAAAAAAAUAAAA